AUGAUGCACGACGCCGACCGCGGAACCGCAGGAGGUUUUUCAUGGGAGUCGUCUGUGGCCGUCAAUGGCAUGUACCUGGCGACAAUGAAAGCGCUCACACACCACAGGGUCAGUCUCGGAGGAGGAGGCGUAGGUGCGGUAGACCGACGAAAAAGUUUUGGACGCAGUCAGCUGGACCGCUGCAAAAUGCUCACCGCGGCCGUAAACAAAGAGGACGAACAUGGCAACCGAACAGGAGAUCGCAACUUCCCCAAACGCAUGAAAUGUAUCAACAGCAGCCGGAAGCAGCGAAAUAGGGACUUGCACGCUCCCGUCAAGAAGCUUCGAUCUCUGACAUCAGCGCAAGACGAAAAACAGAAACGGGCGUGGGUAAAACCGGAGAUUAGAGAGAGAAGAGGCAACAGUCGCAUCACAAGUCCGCCAAGGCAGAUGUUGACACCAGCGGGAGGCGCCUCAAACCUCAUUCUAUCUGCCUGCGUUUCUGGACGAAUUCCAUUUGACGCUGACCUGGUUAUAGUCCCUGCGUGCUCGACGAUGCUGGGCUUUGCUUACGCGCUGGUGAGAAUGCGCGCUCUUUUCGAAGUUUGA